GCGGGUUGACUCAUCCUGGCCAGGGCAUCCCAGGAGCGAGGGCGGGCAGGAGGCGUCCCGAGAACCCAGUAAUCCGAGAAUGCAGCAUCAGCCCUUCCCACCAAGCACUUCCUUCCUUUUCCCCAACGUCCAGGGAGGGCGGACUGCGCACUUAUAAACUGGGCCCUGGCCUGCCGGUAUAUCAAAGGUUGCUUCGCCUAGGCUGCAAGCAGCGGCCAGACGCUUCUGUUCUCCUGCAAACGCGAACUGCUGUCGCCGCCUAAGCCCUGCGCCUUUCUGAACCGGCAGCUCGGACCGGUAGUGGCGCCUGCGCUCUCCGCAGAGUCUGCACGCCGCGUGCCAGGACAGCAUGCUGCGAAUCCUGCUCCUCAGCGUGUUGGGCCCUGCCGCCCUGGGGUUCCCGGCGCCCCCAGAGCCGCAGCCCCACGGAAGCCAGUGCAUUGAACAAGACUGCUUUGCGCUCUUCCGGGGCCCUGCGAACUUCCUCGCCGCCAGCCAGGCCUGCCAGCGCCUGCGGGGCCACCUGAUGACCGUGCGCUCUUCAGUGGCAGCUGAUGUCAUCUCUCUUCUACUGAGUGGCGACAGUGGCAACAACUCGCGCCUCUGGAUUGGCCUGAAGCUCCCACCGGGCUGCGGCAACCCGGGGCACCUAGGUCCGUUGCGCGGUUUCCAAUGGGUUACCGGCGACAACCGCACCAGCUACAGCAGGUGGAUGCGGCUCCACCAGGACCACAAGCCUCUCUGUGGUCCGCUGUGUGUGGCCGUCUCAGCGGACGGGGCCUCCGCGCCAGGUGAGCCGUCCUGGGAGGAGCAGCAAUGCGCCGAGGAAGCCGAUGGUUUCCUCUGUGAGUUCCAUUUCUCAGCCUCCUGUAGGCCUCUGGUUGUGGAGUCUGGUGCCACUGCGGCCUCCAGCGUCUCGAUCAACUACAGCACCCCGUUCGGAGCCCGAGGUGCGGACUUCCAGGCGCUGCCAGUGGGUAGCUCUGCCGAGAUGGCGCCCUUUGGAGUGGAGCUGGUGUGCGAGGGGAGUCCUGGAAUGGCAGAGGCGAGCUGGAGCCGGGAGGUGCCAGGCGCCUGGGACUGCAGCGUGGAGAAUGGAGGCUGCCAGCACACAUGCAACCGGAGCUCCGGGGCGUCGCGCUGUCUCUGCCCCGCUGACACCACCACAAUGGCCAAUGGGCGCUCCUGCACUGCACCUGGAGAGCACUUGUGCCACAAACUCUGUGAGCACUUUUGUGACCCAAACGCGGACCUGCCAGAAGGCUACUCAUGCAUAUGCGAGACAGGCUACAAAUUGGCUGCCGACAAGCACCGGUGUGAGGACGUAGACGACUGUAUGCAGGUGCCCAGUCCGUGCCCACAGGUCUGUGUCAACAAGCAGGGCGGCUUCGAGUGCCAGUGCUCUCCAGGCUACGACCUGGUGGACGGUGAGUGCGUGGAGUCUGGGGACCCAUGCAGCGGAACUAACUGCGAAUACCAGUGCCAGCCCUUGGGCAAAAGUAACUACAGCUGUGUCUGCGCAGAGGGCUUCACGCCCAACCCCCAUGCCCCACACAGGUGCCAGAUGUUCUGCAACCAGACUUCAUGCCCAGCAGACUGCGAUCCCAACAACCCGGACAGGUGCCAGUGCCCUGAGGGCUACAUUCUGGACGGGGACUCCAUGUGCACGGACAUCGACGAGUGCGACAAUGGCAACUGCCCCGAUGCAUUUUCGUGCAGAAACCUCCCCGGUACCUAUGAGUGCAUCUGUGGGCCUGACUCAUCCCAGGUUGGCACCGACUGUGACUCCAUCAAUGUGAACGGCGCCGACAGUGGCUCUGGGGAGCCCCCGGUCAGCACGACACCUGGCAGCACCUCGAGCCCUACGCCAGCAGGGUCUGUGCAUUCUGGCCUACUCAUUGGCAUCUCCAUCUCAAGCUUGUCUCUGGUGGUGGCAAUUUUGGCGCUCCUCUGCCACCUGCGCAAGAAGCAAGGCGCCAUGCAGGCCCAGCUGGAGUACAAGUGUGGGGUCCCUGCCAAGGAGGUGGUGCUGCAGCACAUGCGAACCCAGCAGAUGCCUCAGAAACUCUGAGGGGUCUCCCUCCCUGGCCCCACGUGUUGGUUUGGCCUUUUCUUCCCUCCUGUGCCUCAUAUCCACCCCACCCCACCCCCAUCCCCAGCCUUACUCCCUGGCUACCAUAAAAGCACCUUAGCUGGCAUCAGAACUGCAGAAGAACCCCCUACCCAUUCUUUUGCUGAUUCCAGGAAUGGCUGGGGAGGAGGUAUUGGAAGGAGGAUAUACCCAGUUACUUUCAUAAUGUCACCAGACUACUGGGCAGAGAUGGCAAUUUUAAAAUGAAGAUGAAGAUUGCAAAGUGUCCCGUGCCCUCCACAGGGCAAGAAGGGUGAGCAUUAUUGGUCAGUGGCUUUUGGGCAGACUGAUCUGAUGGACUAGCGAGUGUAAUUGUGUCAUGGAUGAUGACUAAUAUAUUUAUUUUUUUAGGACUUUUUUUUUCUUUUUUUCCUACUUGUAUGUCUUCUUACACACUUUGAGUUCCUCUCUCCCUUCCUACUCUCUUUCUCACCUUCUCUAUCUAUAUAUUAAUAUAGUCCCACUUGUCAUGUGGUAGUUAAACUUGGUGAAUUUUUUUUUUUUUUACCCUCUCGCAUUUAUGAAGCCAAGUCUCAUUUCCCCCCUCUCAGUUCUCCCAAUUUUCCCUUCCCAACACACCUGAGUCACCCUACCUGUCUCUGACCCUUCAACUUGUAGCUAUCUGCCUAGGCAGAACUCUUACGUGAAACAGGAACAAAAACACUAAAAACAAAAAUGGUUGGGCAUUUGUUCUUUCACCAGAUUUGCUAAUUUUUCCUGAAGUUGCUGGACUGUCAUAGAAAUUCAACCCAAGGAGUUUUUAUUUUUGUUUUUUUUAAACAGUGAGCCUGGGUUUUAUUAUUGUUGUUUUGAUUUGGACUAAAGAUAGUAAUUGUUAAGUUUUAUGCAGUUUCCUUUUUCAUCAUCAUCAUUAUUGUUAUUGUUAUUAUUAUUAGUUAUUUUAAACAAUGUUGAAAUGUUCACAUGAUUGCUCUAGAUUGAACAAAAAAGAAAGCACCUUACAAGAGACAGUUUAAAAAAGUUUUGAGUUGCAUAAUUCAUGCUAAUUAUCAUUUUGAUUUUCAUUGGUUUUGCACUUUGUAGGCCAAAAUAAAACCAGCUUUACUGUUUUUUGAACAUUUGGGAGUUUUGGGAUGGAGCCUAACAGAUGUUCAAUUUAGGGCCCAACCUUGAUCAGGCCCUUGAGAAUUUCUCCCACUUCAGAGGGACCUUUUAACCCCAUUCACUCAGAAUUUGCUCUCCACAAGAAACGGGGUCCGUCUUUCCCCACUCCCAGCAGCUGGUUAGAAAUGCAGAAACUUGAACUCCACUCCACCUACUCCAUGAGAAUCUGUAUUUUAACAAGAUCUGCAGGGGGUUAUCUGCCAGUAUAGAUUGAAGAGAACUGUUCCAGACAGCUUCAAACUUCUGGAAUACACUAAAUAUGAAUCAGUAGUAAGUAGCAGGCCAAGUCAGGCCCUUUGUUAUUAAGAAACUGAGGAAUUUUCAUUUCCGGUAGAAAAAACUAUGUACACCCUUUUAGACAUUGCUAAACAGGGUUUUUGGUUCAACUAAGCUAGGGUUGAAAUCAUGAAUGGGAAAAAGAAUGUGUAUCUUUUGUAACACAAAGAUUUUUUUCUACUUUUUUGUAAACUCAGCAUAUUUAUGUAUAGUUAUUUAUUGGAGAUAAAGUAGAACACAGGCAAAACUCUUGCUUAUGACAUCACAUGUAGAAAAUAAACAAAUAACAGUGCUUUCUUGGGUUGUGUGUCUGUCUACCUCCCCUUUCCUAACCCACCAACUCCCAUUUUACAUCAUUAAAUAGGGUUAUUGAACAAUGCAAAUACCAUGAAUUGCAUUAAAGGCUGCUCCACACCCAUUGCUAGCCUCCGUAUGCUCAUGGCAUCAUCUCUGACUUUCAAAGAGUUCUUUUCAGAGGAGAUUGUUUUCACUGUAGAAGGACAUUAUGUUAUAUGUGUGUGAACAAAUAUUGUUUUCUGUUUUCUAUAACCAUAACAAUUUCAUACACAAGACUUGUGGCCAUGGAUUUUAAAACACAUUAUUGGAUUAUUUCUUGGGAUGAAUUUAAAAAAACA